AAAAACUUAUGCGCACUCUGCUCCGCCGCAUUUGGGUUGCAAUUCAGUUAGUCUAUACCCUUGCGAGGCACCCACCUGCGGACUAACUCCUCCCGGUAAACUCCCCAUGAGCGUCCCCGGGGUUCAUACCUGCUUUUCGUAUUUAUCUCGCCAUGUUGGGUCGUCCGAAUCAUCCCCGUUCGUUCCUGCCCACUACCCUUCCUGCUCUGCGCUUUGCAUACAAGGCGUAGCAGUCUGACGCACCUUCCACGCGAUGUGGUCCUCACUCGCUUUGCUUGCCGUCGCUGUGUCUCCUGUACUUGCGGGUGUACAGGAGGUAUGGUGGAACCUCACCUAUAUCCAGGAUGCCAACCCUGACGGAUUGGCCCCGCGUAGAGUCAUCGGUGUAAAUGGCACUUGGCCGCCUCCACCGCUGGAUGUCAACGAUACUGAUAUUCUCGUGGUGCAUACCUUGAACUCGCUGGAUAAACCUGCGACGCUCCACCAUCACGGCAUGUUCUUCAACUCGACGUCAUGGAUGGACGGUGCUCUGGCAGUCAGUCAAUGCGGUAUUCCACCUGGCGAUUCUUUCGACUACGUUAUCCCUGUCAACACAUCUGGUCAAUUGGGUACCUACUGGGUGCACUCGCACGCCAACGGUCAAUACGUUGACGGUCUUCGCGCGCCUUUCCUCGUCCACCCACAACAAGAGAAACACCACUACGACGAAGAGUUCACCGUGGUGUUGGGUGACUGGUACCAUGACGAACAUGCUGAUCUAUUGAAACAAUUCAUCAGUGUGGCCAACCCCGGAGGUGCCGAGCCUGUACCCGACUCUGCUUUGAUUUACUUCGCCCAAAACGCGACCUACCUAGGACCCAUUGCGGGUACUUCACCUGACCCCGUCACAGCUGCGGUAGGGUUCAAUGAGAAUGCGACGUUGUCGUUUGAGCCUGGUAAGACAUAUCGACUGAGGGUCGUCAACACGAGUGCGUUCGCGAUGUUCUUCUUUUGGAUUGAUGGGCAUGAGAUGAGGAUCAUCGAAGUUGACGGUACGGACGUCGAGGAGUACCCGAUUGAUUUGAUCAGCGUUACCGUCGCACAACGAUACUCCAUCCUCGUCACAGCUCGAAAUGACACCUCCGCCAAUUGGGCUAUCCACGCCAACAUGGACACGGACAUGUUCGAUACUGUUCCUGACGCGUUAAACCCUAACGUCACUUCUUCAAUCACAUAUAACUCCUCUGCUCCUCUGACGGAUCUCGGAUUCGUUGAUGAAUACUUUGACGUACCUGACCUCGAUUUGGUCCCUCUUGUUGUUGAACCUAUGGUUCCCGCCACCAAGACGGUCGAACUUGAAGUGCUGUUCGAUACUCUGGACGAUGGGACUAACAGGGCCAUGUUCAAUAUGAUUACCUAUAACUCCCCUCUGGUUCCUGCCGUUUUAAGUCAGGUCACUUUGGGAGAGAAUGCGACAAUUCAAGAGGCAUAUGGACCGUAUAGUAUUGUGCUCGAUCAUUUGGAAGUGUUUGAUAUCGUGUUGAAGAAUGGAGAUGCCGGGAAACAUCCUUUCCAUUUGCAUGGCCAUAAGAUGCAGCUCAUUGGUCGUGCAGAGGAUUACACUUCAGAUGACCCGUCGCUUAACCCACCUAUCGUUGAAGGCCAAGCAAACCCUGUACGUCGAGAUACAGUCCAGGUCCCGUCGAUGAAUUCAGUCACUAUGCGCGUUAUCGCCGAUAACCCUGGUGUCUGGUUCUUCCACUGUCACAUUGAAUGGCAUCUUGAAGUUGGUCUCGCCGUACAGUUCGUCGAAGCACCAAUCCAAGCUCAAGAACGAAACGGUAUUCCUCAAGUCAUUUAUGACCAAUGUCAAGCCCAAGGAAUCCCCACUUCAGGGAACGCAGCCGGGCACGUAUCUGCUACCGAUCUUACGGGUUUACCCUUGGGACCUUUCCCUCAAAUCUUGGGGUGGAGACCAAAGGGUAUUGGAGCUAUGACCGGGUGUGUGUUGACAGCUACGAUUGGAAUGUUGGCUGUGACGUGGUACGCUCUUGGUGGGCAUAUCUCGGAAGCCGAGAUGGAACAUGAAGCAAGGCAACAACAAGAGGCUAAAGAGAAGCGGGGGAAGUUCUUUGGUCUCCUCAAACAAAAGGCAUGAACUGUCGGGCUUUCGUGGCUAUUCUUCGAUUUCUUUAGCUAAAACUUCCAUUAUAUGAGUCUUCUGCCACGAUAUGUAUGUUUGUACUUACGAGACGAAACGAGCCGCGAAUUUCAUUCGCCAUUGUGAUUAUAGCACUUUUUACCUGUCUGGUGUUGUCGUUGUAUCGUCCUGCAUUAUUAAACCACGAAACCCGGAAAGAAAACGUUGUGGUAGAGAAGAAAUGUACCGGUGGCCUCUGAUAUAAGGACGGACUGUCCUCGACGCGAUUCGAGUUGUCAGCUCACGACUGAAAAGGUGUGCCUACAACACGAAGAAAGAAACCUCAGCUCGAUGGUCGGUAGUCCGAUAGUAGGGUGGAAAAGGGACGAUCAG